CUACCAUUCUUUUGGCCGCUGUACCUUGGGUCGGAUCACUGUCCUCUGUAGGACUGUCGUCUCUUUUAACAUUUUUUUUUUACUUUCAUGUAUAAGCUCAAUAGGGCUAAAAAUAGAGGAGGAGCAGGGAAGCGCGGGCAGAAACACACACACACACUCUCUCCCUCAUACACACACACACACUCGCACACAUGCACGCACAUAUCUAGGACUAAGCUUAGAUUGCUAAUAUUAUUGAUCCCCUUUCCCAAUUCUCUCUGUACUGACUCGGGUUUUCUCUCCAAUGAUGGAGGGGGAAAUGGAGAAUCGGUACCGGAUGGAGGCUUUGGUCAUUUUUCAAAGAGGGAAGUUACUCCAUUUUCUGUACAAAAGGACGCGGCAAAGGAAAAAGCUCUCAGAAGUCGCAAUGGACGGCUAUCAGGUUGGGACAAUAUUUGUCAGCUUACAUAUAAAAGCAAACGCAAUUCUAUCUCCCCCCCUUCCUCCUCCUUCGCCUCCUCCUCCUCCUCCUCUUCAUCCUCCUCCUCCUCCUCCCAGUCCAUAGAAGGAUGGGCGUCAAAAGCCGGGGGUCAAGAACCGUUCCUGGGACAGCUCCCCUUAUAUUCCACGGGCUACGCGGACCCUUUAAGGCACUAUCCCAGCGCGUAUGGGACUGGGGGCGGUGGGGUCCAGGAGAAAGGUUACCCGGGCGCGCCUUACUACCAGCAAACCAACGGAGCUUACAACCGGAGUCCAGCCUGCGAUUACGGGACAUCUGGUUUUUACAGGGAGAAAGAGACAGGCUGUUCUCUUUCGAGCCUAGAGGAGCCUGUUCAGUUCGGCCAGGAGCAAGCCCGGAAGUCAGACUGCUCACAGAGCAAGCACGUUUUCGGGGACAACGAGGAUCAAAAGUGCUCCACGCCAGUGUACCCUUGGAUGCAGAGAAUGAAUUCCUGCAAUAGUUCCUCUUUUGGGCCGAGUGGCAGGCGAGGGCGACAGACUUAUACGCGCUACCAGACUCUGGAGCUGGAGAAAGAAUUCCACUUUAACCGCUACCUGACCAGGCGCCGACGCAUCGAGAUCGCUCACGCCCUGUGUCUGACGGAGCGCCAGAUCAAAAUCUGGUUCCAGAACCGAAGGAUGAAAUGGAAAAAGGAAAACAAGCUCCUCAACUCCACUCAGCUGAGCCCCGAGGAAGAAGAGGAGAAACCGACGGAAUGAAAGAGCAGAAGGGGGAGAGACAGAAUGAGAGAGAGACCAAGCGAAUGAAUGAAUGAGUGAAUGGGGAAGAAAACAAAAAUGCCAACAGUUGGGGAAGCUCCAGGAAUGGCAACCCCUCCCCCCUCCCCCCAAAAAAGGCACAACCGAGACACACAUUUUUGUAAAAUAUCUGAGACUGUAUGGCGGUGUCUUCCUUUUGCACCCUCGCUUGCAUUCAGUAAUUUGUCGUAUCAUAAUCAAGUUUAUAGUCCAAUUUAUUUUCCCACCCUCUUUAUUGCCCUCUCCCUUUACCACGGAUGGGUUUGUGGUUGCGUUUUGUUUUGUUUGAUUUACCUUUGGGUGUCCUUAGGAUUCUUGCUAACCCUUGUAUUUAAGUGGAGGUGCUGCAAUAUAUGUGUCAGGUCUGGGGCUUGUUGAUUGUCUUUAUUUUGUAAAGCAGAAGUGUCAUGCACGAUUUUACUUAUUUGUUUGCCUUUUUAUAUAAAAUUAAGUUAAUCAAACCCUAGGUUCUUUGUCAUUUAAGGGUUUUUGUUCUAAUCAAAAUUAUAUUAAAAAGGAACAAUCGCAACCUAAAA